AUGUCUCUCCUCAAGCUGCCCAAUGAAAUCCUCAAAUCCAUAUGGGAUCAUUUAGUUUUGAGACACCAGCAGAAUUCGCUUAUCCAGUCAUCUCGCCAGUUGCACUCCGUUUUGAACGUUUAUCUCUACCGGGAUGCAGUGCAACGCGACCCUCUACGUGUUUCCCGAUGGGCAGCAAAGCACGGCCGCGAAGACACCUUGGAGAAGUUAGUGAGAGAAGGGCUGGACGUGAAGGAUGACCCCUCUAUGGUAUUACUCUUCGAGGCUGCCCGGUACGGAAGAGAUGGUAUUAUUCGCUUCUUGAUCCGACAUGGAGUUACGGAUUUAGAUACCAAGGAGGAUCGGGGCCAUAAUGGUGGUUCUGCGCUCUCUUUGGCUGUUCUCAUGGGCCGUGAAUCUGUGGUUCGCUUGCUACUACAGCAUCGCGUUGAUCUCGAGAGCAGAAACCUAUUCUGGGAAACUCCAUUACUGACCGCGGUAAAGUGUGGUUAUGAGCGAUUGGUACCUCUCCUACUCCAGGAGCGUGCUGAUCCCGAUGUCGAAGACGCACAGGGCCGAACUACGUUAUGGUAUGCUGUGGAUGGUCGUAAUAUGGAAAUUAUCAAACUCCUUACCGACCGAUUGCCCAAGUGUCGCAUUGAUCGAGGCGUUGUGAAUGGCACCACCCCAUUGCUCCGAGCCAUCGAAUUGAACAAUACGCAGGCAGCCAAGCUGCUGCUCGAAGCAGGAGCUCAGAUUGACCCAUUGAGCAAGUUUAAUCUCCCUUUUGAUUCAGUGGAUGAUGACCUGUGGGCUCGCCUGCACGGCCUGACUUCGGCUCAGGCGCGACUCAUCAUGCAGCAGUUCAGCGCGGUGGGCUGCGAGGUAGAUAAACGACACGGAACAGCAUUGCAAAUGGCGAUAUACCACAACUUGAUAGGAGUGGUACGCGUGAUACUCGACGAAGGCAUCGUGACUGAGGAGUCUGGGUCGUAUGCCGUAGCUUGGGCGACAAGUCGGGGAAACCAAGAGAUGGUCGAGCUCUUGUUACAUGAAUGUGUCGACCCAGAGUUUCCUAAGGCCUUAUUAUUUGCGGCAAUGCAUGGUCUUGAGGGAAUAGCUGAACGAAUAUUAGAUGUCAGUGCCGAACCAACCCCGUCCUCUAGGUCGGGUGUAUCGCCAUUGGAAUGGGCUGUCCGCCGUGGCCAUUACGGCGUGGUGGCCCUGCUUGUUGAGAGAGGAGCGGACCUUGAGCAACAAAAGCGAAAAGACCUAUUGGUACAUGCUAUACAGACCAAAUAUAGCAGGUUAUUCAGAGCUCUCGUUAAAGGCGUCGACAUGGACCAGGGCGAAUAUUUAAUCCUUCAGCCGCUCUUGAAGACUGUGGGUGAUUGGGUGCACAAUAAUGGCUAA